CGAUCUUGAAAGAUUAACACAUUUAGCUUUGCGUGAAUUUUAAUCGAAAGCUCAACGCAUAACUUUCCAGAUCUAAAUUCGAAGUCCGGAGACCGGAAUCACUUGAUGCGAGAAAAUGUCGCUUUCCAAACCGACCAGUAUCAUGUAUAAUCUUAUCAGCGCGUACCUACAGCGACUCUACAGCAGUCCCUUGAAGACAAAAGCGAUAACGAGUUGCGUUAUUGCUGCUCUUGGAAAUGUGGUAUCUCAAAAAUUAUCCGGUGCCAGGCACCUUAAUGAAGACAGUGUCCUGGCCUUUGCUCUAUUUGGCCUACUGUUUGGAGGACCAGUACCCCAUUACUUUUACACAUAUAUACGAUUACUCGUGAACCAUCCUCUAGGAAUACUUCUGAUAGAGAGACUUGUCUACACACCAUGUUUUCAGGCGCUCGCGCUUUACUUACUCGCCAUUUUCGAGGGCAAGCCCCAUAAAGUGGCCUAUAUUCAAAUGCAAAAAUUAUAUUUGCCAACAUUGAUGGCUAAUCUGAAGUAUCUGACACUAUUCCAUUACAUCAAUGUAAAAUAUGUUCCACCAAUGUUGAGGGUCUUGAUGGUGAAUCUCAUUGGUUUUGCAUGGGUUGUCUAUCUUGCGAAUAAAAGAGCAAAAAUUUCGAAAGAGAAGUAGAAGAAUACGAGAAUUCAUUGCAAUUGAUAGAUAUUUUUAUAACUAUUUGCAAUACAACGACGCGUAUAUGCACCAGAUGCUUGAUCAUUUCAGAAAGUACUAUAUUUUUCACGAAUAACGUACAGUAGAUUUAUCAAAUAUCAACAGCACUUUGUUGUUGUUUGUACAAAGUGAAAUACUAUUACAUUACUAAC